AUGGGAUCUCUCUUCACUUUGUCACUCAUACUUCUUUCAUCCAUAUCAUUAACAUUAUCAAGCAGUGAAGCUCAGAAGAUCAAAUCAGCUCGCCUUCUGGACCUUCUCAUCCGAGACUACACCUUCAAGACCUAUGACACAUACGUCAGAACAGGAACACUGCACAAUGUUCACUUACCAGCAAACUUCUCUGGCAUCACAGUCGAUACAGCAAGAUUCAGAUGUGGCAGUCUCCGGAGGUACGGCGCGCAGGUAAAGGAAUUUCAUCUAGGCAUUGGUGUGUCUGUGAAUCCAUGUGCAGAGAGGGUGAUGGUAGUUGCACAAAACUUGGGGUAUAAUUGGUCAUCUAUAUAUUAUGCCAACUAUGACUUAUCUGGGUACCAGCUUGUGUCCCCAAUUUUAGGCCUAUUAGCUUAUAAUGCCGGUACUGAUGUCAACUUCAGCAACCCUUUUGAGGUUGGUAUCCAAGCUCUAGAAAAUCCCAUUACCAUAGACUUCAAAAACAUCACAAGGGUGAACAAUGAAUUGGGUGCUACAAGGCCUUUAUGUGCUAGCUUUGAAAGUGAUGGCAAAGUGACACUAGCAAAGGAGGCUUCACCUUACAUCUGUGUAGCGAAAAGGCAUGGUCAUUUCGGAUUGGUGAUUGAGAAGCCGUCGCCAGUUCAACUGAGGAAGAAGGUUAGCCAGUGGAAAGUGGUGGUUGGUAGCACAGUUGGGUGUGCCAUAGGUGCUUUUCUUUUGGGGUUGCUUCUGGUGGCAAUGCUUGUGAAGGUGAAGAAGAGAACAAGGGUCGAGGAGAUGGAGAGAAGAGCUUAUGAAGAAGAAGCUUUGCAGGUAUCAAUGGUUGGACAUGUUAGAGCUCCCACGGCUUCAGGGACACGAACUACGCCAGCGAUUGAACAAGAGUAUAUACCUCCUCGUCCACAUUGA